ACUCCCGCCUUCCAACUAACAAAAUAUCUCGAAAUAUUCAGAUCACGUGCUCGAUCUCUACUCCAACACCGCCGCCGCUCCCGAUUCACCCUGCCUCAGCCGAAUUUCCAUCGUUCUCCCUUCCGCUCCUCGCCUCGCCCGGACCGCGGCCGGAUUCCCCCAGGAGGAGGAGGAGGAGGAGGGUAUGGGGAGGGAGGACCGGUUCCCGCUCUUGGAGGCCGCGCUCGGCGCCGGGGUCGCCGCCGUCUUCACCGCGGGCCUCGUCGGGGUCUACCUCUCCAUGCCGGACUCCGACUACAGCUUCCUCAAGUUGCCCCGCAACCUCCACGAACUACAAAUCCUCACUGGCCAUGUUGAGAACUAUACGAGUGACUACACCGUACAGGUGUUGAUAGGUUACUGUGUUGUGUACAUUUUCAUGCAGACCUUCAUGAUCCCAGGGACAAUAUUCAUGUCAUUGCUUGCUGGUGCUCUAUUCGGGCAACUCCAGGGCGUGGCUCUGGUUGUCUUUGCUGCCUCCGCUGGUGCUUCUUCAUGCUAUUUCCUGUCAAAACUGAUUGGAAAACCGCUGGUGUUCGUGCUGUGGCCAGACAAGCUCAUGUUUUUCCGGAAGCAGGUUGCCAAAAGAAGAGAAAAGCUGUUGAAUUACAUGCUUUUCCUGAGGGUCACCCCAACAUUGCCAAAUACCUUCAUCAACUUAGCAUCUCACAUUGUUAAUGUGCCCUUCCAUACCUUCUUAUUGGCAACUCUUAUCGGUCUCAUCCCAGCAGCCUACGUGACCGUGAGGGCUGGGAUUGCUCUGGGAGAGCUAACAUCGCUCAGCGACCUGUACGACACCCAGUCAGUAGCUCUGCUGUUCUUGAUCGGCGUCGUCUCAGUCACACCAGCAUUGCCGAGGAAGGACGAGGUUCAAGAAAAGGCACCAGAAAUCGCAGCAGGCGCCUCAUGAACACCAAAGAGGAGCCACCUAGCCACCUAUACAUACCAAGGCACAGCAUGCGGCGGCUUCAUUGGAUUUGGGCCUACAGGCCUUGUGAGGCGGAUGACACAUGGUUUGCUUGUUCACAUGACAACACAGCACCACGGCGGGACCUUGGACCCUAAGUCCGCCCAUCACCCGCCUGCCGGAGAUCUGCGUCGCCAUGGGAACACUGUAUAUUCAUGUCAUUUUCAUGCAGACCUUCAUGAUCCCAGGGACAAUAUUCAUGUCAUUGCUUGCUGGUGCCCUAUUCGGGCAACUCCGGGGCGUGGCUCUGGUUGUCUUUGCUGCCUCUGCUGGUGCUUCUUCCUGCUAUUUCCUAUCAAAGCUGAUUGGAAAACCGCUGGUGUUCGUGUUGUGGCCAGACAAACUCACCUAAUGUUUUUGUUGUUCAGCGAGCCUA